UUAUCGCGAUAAAUACAAAUAUAUUUUUAUGUAUAUUUUGAGAGUAGAUACUAUUUAUUUUAUUUAUCAUAUAAUAUAAUUUUUAAUUUUUUUAAUAUCAAUUAAUAUUAUAAUGUAUCCAAUCCCUGGUAAAUAUAGUUUUUAAGAUAGCUGCAAUAAACUGUACAAAUAAAACAGAUAUGAAAUUAUUUACAUUUAUAAUUCUAAACUUGUUUUUACUUAUCACUAAAAGUAAUACGAAAAAGUGCUUAGUAUGUGAUAAUGAAGAAUCUGAUGUAGCAAUACUGCCUUGUAAACAUGAACUUUGUUUUAAUUGUGCAAGUUUGUUGAAGAAAGCUGGUUUUCCGUGUAAUUGUGGGAGACCUGUAAAAAAAAUUGUUAUAGGGUCAUUAUUAAAAGAAGUUCCAACUUUAGAAACAAUAACGGAGAAAAUAGAAAAAGAUAAUAAAGUAUGCAGUGUUUGUCAGGAUAGUGAAGACAUCAAUGUUCUAGUAAAACCAUGUGGGCAUUAUUUUUGUGAAAAUUGUGCUGGCCGUUUGAAAAAAAACAAUCUUAUUUGUCCAUUAUGUAGAACACCACUACUUCAUUUUGUUGGAAUAAUUGGUGAACGAAAGGAUUUAUAUGACUUGCAGACAAAAAAUCUUUAUAUUAGAGCAAUUAAUAAUCAAGUCAUUGAACUACAACGCCAUGUAUCUCAAGGAAUUCUUAAGGUGUUAUAUGUGGAAAUUUUUAUAAUUUAUGCUUACCUGAUUCCAGGCCAAUGUAUAGAUGACAAACUGUUAACAGAAUUUAAGUAUAUUAAAAAUAAUCCUAAAUUAAAUUGCGCAAAAUUAUACAAAUAUAUAAAAAAAUUUAACCACAAUAAGAAUGAUAGUUUUCAAAAAGAACAAAAAAUGCGGGAAAAAUACUGGAAAUUUGAACUGGAAGAUGUCGAAAAGAAUAUGUUAAUUAGAUAUUAUUUGAGAAAUAAAUUAGAUGUAAAUAAAACAUUAUCUUUGCGGGAUAAAUAUUCAAAAACAUUGAGAGAUGAAUAUUGAAUUUAUUUAAAUAAUAAAGGAUUUAUUUAAACAAAUUA